AAUGCCCCGUUGCCCAGCAACCGACUCCCACUAAAGCGCAACCCCACAACAUACGGGAGCUGAACCCAAGGACGGCCAAAACAGCCCCAACGUACAGCAGAAAGUCCACUUUUUGCUGCAUUUAUCCGGGCUGCACCUUCUUCUCGUAUAUCAAACGCCUAUCACGCUCGCCAUCAGCCUUCUGGGCCUCAGAAACAUUUUCUGUAGCCACGAUGGCGAGUCCUUCGAAAGAGAACAGCGACUUCAUGCUGCCAAUUCCGCCGCCACCGCUUCUUACACGGUCGACGAACGAAUAUGAGCCUUCCACACCUGGUCGAUCGCACUUCAUAAGCCCACCAGAGACCCCACAGGGCAGUCCGAGCAAAUCUCAACAUCCGCCAGGAGCGUACGAUCUGCCCAAUGUCUUUGACAAUGCUAUGAAGCUCUUUCCCUCCAACAACGACUCACCGGCCAAGAAUACCAGAUCGCAACUACAACCAAAAUCUCCUGCGAAGUCUGGAAAUGCAUUUUCGCAAGACAUCGACUUCUCGGAUUACACAGCCCCGGGUUCUGCACCAGGUAGCCCACGUCGAAACGGGAAUGAAGAAAAUACCCCACCUGGUUCGAGACCAGGUAUGAAGUCUCAAAGCAGCUUCGUCACCGCUGCCCAGCAGGGAAGACAAGAGGCGUACAAGACUCGUGAAGAGCCCAGGUACGACCGUGGCCUUACGGCGAAGGAACUUGAGAUGAUUUCAAAGCCGUCUGUCAAGCGGCUGACUAACGUCACUCAAUUGUAUUUUCUCGAUUACUACUUUGAUCUCUUUAGCUACCUACACCAGCGCCAAACACGCACAGCGCAGUUCAAGGCGAGCGUCCCAGAGCCGCCAGAGACGCCAGAGGAGGAAUACAACGCUAUGAUGACCAAAUACCUUGGACGAGAGCGAGCAAAUCUGCGGAAGAGGAGGACCAGAUUACGACAUGGUGACUUCCAGAUCCUCACCCAGGUUGGCCAGGGUGGUUAUGGACAAGUCUACCUUGCGCAGAAGAAAGAUACAAGAGAAGUGUGUGCCUUAAAGGUAAUGAGCAAGAAGUUGCUCUUUAAGCUUGAUGAGAUCCGCCAUGUUCUUACGGAGCGCGAUAUCCUUACUACUGCAAAUAGUGAGUGGCUUGUUAAGCUGCUGUAUGCAUUCCAGGACGAUAAAAGCAUCUACUUGGCAAUGGAAUAUGUUCCAGGUGGGGAUUUCCGCACUCUGUUGAACAAUACUGGUGUCCUCCACAAUCGGCACGCCCGGUUUUACAUUUCAGAGAUGUUUUUAUGCGUUGAUGCCCUGCAUCAACUUGGCUACAUUCACCGUGACUUGAAACCAGAAAACUUCCUCAUUGACAGUACCGGUCACGUCAAGCUCACAGAUUUCGGCCUUGCGGCAGGGUUCCUGGCGCCGCAGAAGAUCGAAUCGAUGCGGGUUAAGCUGGAGUCAGUCGGCAACAUGAACGUUCCAUUCGGCCGGCCGAUGGAGGAGCGUACGGCGGCAGAGCGUCGUGAAGGCUACCGUUCGCUUCGAGAGCGCAAUGUCAACUAUGCUAAGAGCAUUGUCGGAAGCCCAGAUUACAUGGCUCCUGAAGUUCUCAAGGGCGAAGAAUAUGACUUCACUGUUGACUACUGGAGUCUUGGUUGCAUGCUCUUCGAAGCUCUUGCAGGUUAUCCUCCAUUCGCUGGCGCCACGGUUGACGAGACCUGGCAGAACUUGAAGCGCUGGAAGUCAGUUCUCAAAAAGCCUGUCUAUGAAGACCCCAAUUACUAUCUCAGCAAGCGGACGUGGGAUUUAAUCACACGCUUGGUUGCUUCAAAGACCUCUCGAUUCAAGGGCAUACGAGAGAUCAAGAGUCACGAGUAUUUUGGUGAGGUAGAUUGGGAGAAUAUCCGUACUCAAAAGGCACCAUUUGUGCCGGAGCUUGACAGUGAGACAGAUGCGGGCUACUUCGAUGACUUCACAAACGAAGCUGAUAUGGCAAAGUACAAGGAGGUGCAUGACAAGCAGAUGGCUCUAGAAAACAUGGCAGACAGAGAAGAGAAGAUGGGCAAAAGUCUGUUCGUUGGCUUCACAUUCAGGCAUCGUAAACCUGCCGUUGAUGAGAACGGCAAGCCGACGAGUCCGAGGAAGCCAUUGCCGAAAGACAACGACGGUGCUUUUGGCACGUUUUUCUAAAACUAAAUCAAAGGAGGUAGCUAUGAGGAUGAAGCAUGUUCUAUUUUAGCGAGAACACUAUUUCGAAAAAUCGUGCUGGUUUGGCUUUUGAUGCAUGUUCGCUCCUUUUUAGGUGCAAGACAAAGUAGUGGCGUAUUAGUACUGGCAGAGGCUUUUUAUCUCUGGGCGUUCUGGGACGCACAUGAACUUUCACUUAUGGUGUAAGAUGAAGGACACGAGUUCGAGAGCUGCGAUGCUCAAGUAAUGAGAUAGAGAUUGCUGCAGAGCAGCAAAUGAAGGUUCGUAUUAUGUUGAUAUUAUCAGUGGCAAUCAUGUUUCUUCCUUAUGUAAGCGCGUUACGGCGGGAUAUUCUUCGCCACGGACCUAGUGGCGCAUAAAUCGGACUAUUAGUAGAGCCUAGUCG